GGGGCACCUGAAAUUCCUAACCCCCCAGCUUUCACAUUCCAAGUGUUGGGACUACAGGCCUGUGCCUGCAUGUCUUGUGUUUUUGUUUAUUUGUCAGUCCAUGAAGAGAAACAGAAGAAACCCUUUGCUGUUUCUCUGCCCACUGAAGCUCAUCCAAUGGGAAGUGUCAAUGUCUGUCGAGUGAAUUCACAAAUGGCCCUUGAAUUCCAUUAAGUAUUUCCAUUUCGGCCAUCUUAAUCACGCAAUACUAGGAAAGACAAACUCAACAGGACUACUGGGCGGAGUUUCAAAUGUCUAAUCAGAUAGCAGCAGUUUAUGUUAGGAGCACCAGCCCUAAAGGGGAGGCGUUAGUAGUGGCCAGCAUAAAACUCCAGAGGAGCCAGAGAAGACAUUUCCAGAAGCUUGGAGUGAUACCUGGCCCAACUUGGAUAGGAAGCUCUCGUGGUAAAUCGCUCACCUCAAUUGACAUACUUCUUCUCCCUUGCUAGCCUGGAAACCGACCUACUGCCUCUGCAAUAGGAUCACUUCCUGACCCCAGGUCUUCUGGACUAGCCUGAGAGCUCUGUACAUCCAAUUUCUAGUAGUCGUGAAUCUACCAAGAUGAGCAGCAAGGAUGUACCCCCACUCCAGGAACUGGCUAUGCAGACCCUUUUGAGAGAUGAGAACUUGAUCAUCUCUAGUUUGGGGAAGUUACCCCCAGUGUUCUUCCUGGAGCUAUUUAAACAAGCCUGUGAACGUGGUCUUGGUAAUGUUCUGAAGAAAAUGGUGGCUUCCUGGCCCUUCCCUCGACUCCCUCUGGGAGCUAUGAAGAAGAGAAACUUCUUUCAGAUCCAAGAAUAUAUCCUAGAGGAAAUUGAUAGGGUGCUUAUCCAAAAGGUUCGCCCCAGGGAGUACAAACUAGAAGUGCUGGAUUUACGGUCUGUGGGUCAGAGCUGUUCAGAUGUUUGGUCUGGGCCCAUAGAUAAUUGGUUACCACAGACCUCAAGUGAGGCUAAGGAGGGAGGGAAGCAGCCCUUGAAGGUGGCAGUGAACUUGUAUCUCAGGAAUGAUCCCGCUAACAAGCUGUUCUUCCUCUCUCAGUGGGCUAAGAAGAGGAAAGGGUUGUUAGAGGUGUACUGCUAUGAGCUUCAGAUUUGGUUACCAUCCCUCUCUGACUGCAAGUAUUUCUUGGAAUGCAUGAACCUGCAUCACAUAGAAGUGCUGGGCCUGUAUUGCCUCCGCAAACCAGCCUUCCUACUUAACUUGAACUCUUACCUUGGCCACAUGACGAACCUGCGCAAGCUCUCUCUCUCUAACCUCCACGAAGAGAGCCUUGUCUCCCCAGAGGAGAGGAAGCAUAUCAUCUCCGGGUUCGCCUCGCAGCUCCUCAACAUGGAAUGCCUCCAGAAGCUUCAUCUAGAUAACACCUCCUUCUUUCAGGGUCACCUGCACCAGCUGCUCGGGUCCCUGAAGACCCCCUUGGAUGACCUGGCAGUGACUAACUGUCAAGUCUCAGAUUCAGAUUGGUACCAUCUCUCUAAGUUGCCAUGUGUCAGUCAGUUGAAACAACUGAGUUUGGAAAACAUCAGAUUGGUCUAUUUAAGUCCUGAACCCCUCCGAGUUUUGUUAGUAAAAUCUGCAUCCACCCUGGUAUCCCUGAGCUUAGAGGACUGUCACAUGAAGGCUCGCUAUCUCUAUGCCAUCUUACCUGCCCUGAGCAACUGCCUCCAGCUCACUACCUUCAACUUCUAUGGGAACCAAGUCUCCAAGAAUGCUCUGAAGAAACUGCUACGCCACACUGCCAGCUUGAAACACCUAAGCAUGGAGCUAUAUCCUAUUCCUAAGGAUUGCUAUGAAGACAAUGGCACUCUCCAUAUGGAAUACACAGGCAUCCUUUGUGAUGAGCUUAUGGACACACUGAAAGCCAUUAGGAAGCCAGGGAGGGUCUAUUUUGGUGCUGACCGCUGCCAUGAAUGCAACAUUCGAUAUAUCUACAACAAAACCAUGAUGUGUAAGUGUCGGAGAAUCGCUGACUAGUUGUGUGCGAUUUCCAAAAGCUUGCUGUGGAUUCUGGGAGAUGAAAGACAAGGUAGUCAGAGGACACAAACACAACACAUGACUUUAGACUGAUGCUACAGAUCGAGAGAGAAAAGUUAGUUGAUGCUAAAUUCAAGAUGAGGGAGAAAGUUUGUUGACAGGUGUCAUGGGAGUGGAUUCUAGCAAGAUAAGUGUGUUACCCCCAGCAUGGAGAUUAUAAAGUCAUGUUCUGAAAUUGUGAAA